AUGCGAGAGGAAAUGAGACAAUAUUAUAAGUCGCUGAUAGAUGAAGAAAAAGAUGCAACCCAUUUUGGAUAUGGUGGACAAUGCCCAACAAAUAGGAAUGCCGUCCUGUACAGCGAUGGAACACAAUUUAUUUGCUUAGGUCUUGUUCGUGAUUCGGAUGUAAGUAAUUUUGAAGACGCUGAAGCAUUCUGCGAAAAACAUUACAAUGGCCAUUUGUUGUCAAUAAGAAAUCUCAAAGAACAUGAUUUUUUGUUAAGUAUAUUAAGUCAAACUAGAUCGAUAACAGAUGAUAUUCUUCAACUUAUACCACUGGGUUUAAAAGGUGAUCCAAAUAUGGCUGUAGCAUUUACGGACGGUACUGAUGCUUCCUAUGUCUUAGAGUGGUAUAAACCGUACAAUGACAGCGGAAAUUUUGAUGAUUAUUCUGAUAAGCCAUGCUAUUUUCUUAUGUUUUCUACACUGGCAUAUUGGCAGGGAAGACAAAAACCACCAGCUGAAACGUUUGUUAUAGACUGGUUUUCUACUGUUCUUGUUAUCGUGUCAGGAGGAGUUAUCGUUGGUUCUAUCAUUGUUGUUUUAUAUGUGACAUAUGUUACGCGUGCUUUACCGUACGUAAGCAAAGGAGUAUUAAGUGAUUAUGGUGUCCUGGUAAAACCAAAAGUUGUACGACCGUACGAAGAAAUUUCGGACAAAAGUAGCCGGACGUAUGACAUAGCAGACAGUGGCAAUUAA